AUGGCUGAGCACGAGAGCUUCGAUGCUCUCCAAGUAGAAAAGCUAAAGCCAAACGAACAAGAACAAGAAGAAGAUGAAGAAGGCGAUGAAGAUGAAGACGAGGACGAAGAAGGAAAGCGACUCGGUGAAAUUCAGCUGGGCAAGUUACAGAACUCUGCACCAGAGUCAAGAGAGACGCAAUUAGAAACCCUAGCGGUGCCUUCUGCGCUGGAAUUAUCAGAGAACGAUCAGUGUGCAGGUUUUCAGGUUAACUCCACGUCACAGUCGAUUGAUGGAGCUCAAUUACAGGAGCAACUUGGGGUGAGCCACCAGGAAAUUUUGGCAAUUGUAACACACCAGGAUUCUCAGAUGCAGACACAAAGUCCGGUUCAGUUGGCUGUUUAUCCAACUCCGUUGUCAGAACUAUCACCAACGUCUGUUACACAAUCCAUUCAGACUCAGACACAAAGUCCGCUUCAGUUGACUGUUUAUCCAACUCCGUUGUCAGAACUAUCACCAACUUCUGUUACGCAAUCCAUUUCAUCUGCUCCCAGCCCGAUUCUGCUAGAACAAAAACUGCCACCAGAAAAGGUUAAUACUUUAUGUACACCAGAGGUGGACAAGCAAAAUUCUUCUGACCAUAAAUUUAUAUCUUCUGUUCCUCUUGUGAAGACUUCUGCUUCUGAUGGUUACAACUGGAGAAAAUAUGGUCAGAAGCAAGUCAAGAGCCCUCAAGGUUCUCGAAGUUAUUAUAGGUGCACAUAUUCUGAGUGUUAUGCCAAGAAGAUUGAAUGCUGUGACCACUCGGGCUAUGUAACAGAAAUUGUUUACAAAAGCCAACAUACUCAUGAGCCCCCUCGAAAAAGUAACUGCACAAAGGAAAGUAAACUUGCAUUAUCUGCUGAGUGUGUAAGGAAUAGUGUUACAGAACAUCCCUGCAGAACAGUUAAUGAUGCAGAGGUGUCCACAUCCUCAAAAGAACGUAUUCAAGAAACACCCUCAAUUCCUGAAAGAAAACGGCAAAGCCCAAGUGACUCUGAUGGUAAUGGUGAUGUUAAGAUCAAGGAGGAGCAUGGUGAUGGUGAUCAACCAGAACCCAAACGAAGAGUGAAGAAAAGCAACUUAGAGUAUUCAACUUCUCUCCUAAAACCUGGCAAGAAACCUAAAUUUGUUGUGCAUGCGGCGGGGGAUGUUGGAAUAUCAGGUGAUGGAUACAGAUGGCGCAAAUACGGACAGAAGAUGGUGAAAGGAAAUCCGCAUCCCAGGAACUACUACAGAUGCACUUCUGCUGGGUGUCCAGUCCGGAAGCACAUUGAAACAGCCAUAGAUAACACAAGUGCUGUGAUUAUAACAUACAAGGGGAUACAUGACCAUGACAUGCCUGUUCCAAAGAAACGACAUGGCCCUCCGAGUGCUCCUCUUGUUGCUGCCGCUGCUCCUGCUUCCAUGAACAAUUUGCAUAUCAAGAAGACCGAUACACACCAAAACCAGAUUUCUUCAACCCAGUGGUCAGUGGACACCGGGGGAGAAUUGACUGGUGAGGCCUUGGACCUUGGAGGCGAGAAGGCAAUGGAAUCAGCUCGAACUCUUUUGAGCAUUGGAUUUGAAAUCAAGCCUUGCUGA